GACCCAAAUAUAGUCGCUCUGUAAAUUUGGACCGAGGCGGCGCAUCGGCGAGAAGCCCCACACUGCUGCCCCUUACCGGAACAAACCACUCGACCACCCGGACACGGGGGUGGUCGUGGUGUAGAGAACGACAGGCAGCGUAGAGGGGUAUGUGCGUGUCUCUUCCUGAACCUGUCAUGGGUGAACAACUGCCACCACAGCAAGGGGACUCGCUGCUGAAGUUCCACCAGGGGAGCCUCCCCAAUGGGAAAGAAGCCGGCAAAGACGGCCUGUAUGCCAGAGGCCAGUGGGCUAGUAAGGCUGAGUUCCUCCUGGCCGUGGCAGGGCAGAUCAUCGGCCUGGGCAACGUCUGGAGGUUUCCUUACCUCUGCUACAAGAACGGAGGAGGUGUGUUCUUUGUACCUUACCUGUUGUUCCUGGUGCUGUGCGGCAUUCCCCUGUUCCUCCUGGAGACCUCACUGGGACAGUACACCAGCCUGGGAGGUGUCAGUGCUUGGAGGACUAUCUGCCCGUUAUUUGGAGGUCUCGGUUACGCCAGCCAGGUGAUUAUCCUGCACGGCUGCGUGUACUACAUCGUCAUCCUGGCCUGGGCUCUCUUCUACCUGUCCUACAGCUUCCAGGCGGAGCUGCCCUGGUCGCACUGUAACAACACGUGGAACACUGAGGCGUGUGUCGUGUUUGACCACCGCAAUCAAACAGCCAAUGUGAGCAGCCUGCCUGGGAACACCUCGUCCCCCGUCAUGGAGUUUUGGGAGCGGGAGGUGCUCCGCCUGUCCAACAGUUUAGACGAGCUGGGUCCAAUCAGCUGGAAGCUGGCCCUGUGUCUGGCCGUCAUCUGGCUCGUCUGUUACUUCUGUGUCUGGAAGGGAGUCAAGUCCACCGGAAAGGUGGUGUACCUCACAGCCACCUUCCCAUAUGUCAUGCUGUUUGUGCUGCUGGUGCGCGGUGCCACCCUGCCUGGAGCGACCCAGGGCAUCAUCUACUACCUCAAACCCAACCACACACGCCUGGCAGACCCACAGGUAUGGAUGGACGCAGGUACCCAGAUAUUUUUCUCGUACGGAAUCUGCUUGGGAAGUCUCACAGCCCUGGGUAGUUACAACAAAUACAACAACGACUGCUAUAAGGACUCUUUCAUGCUGUGCCUCCUGAACAGCAGCACCAGUUUCCUGGCAGGUUUCGCCAUCUUCUCUGUGCUGGGCUUCAUGGCUGAGGAGCAGGGCGUGGACAUAGCCACCGUGGCCCAGUCAGGGCCUGGACUUGCCUUCAUCGCCUACCCCAGAGCUGUAGCCAUGAUGCCUCUACCCCAGCUGUGGGCUGUCUGCUUCUUCCUCAUGAUCAUCAUGCUGGGGCUGGACACACAGUUUGUGAGUCUGGAGGCCCUGAUGACGUCAGUGUCUGACCUGUACCCUCAUCUGAUCAGACGAGGCCACCGCCGAGAGCUGCUGCUGCUGUUUGUCUGCGUCGUCUGCUUCCUGGUUGGACUGGUCAUGGUCACGCCUGGAGGUUUGUAUGUGUUCCAGAUCUAUGACCACUUCUCCUGCAGCGGAGCCAGCCUGCUGCUCCUCUCCAUCUUCCAGUCUCUGGCCAUCGGCUGGGUCUACGGAGCCGAGCGCUUCAGUGCCAACAUCAGGGAUAUGACCGGCUACAGCCCCCUGCCUGUCUUCAAGCUGUGCUGGAAAUACUUGACCCCAGCUGUGUGCACUGCCACCUUUGUGUUCUCCCUGGUGUGUUGGUCUCCUCUGAGCCUGGGGAAAGGCCUGGUCGCUCCGGUCUGGGCCACCACGCUGGGCUGGCUCCUUACCUUCUCCUCCGUCUCCUGGCUUCCCAUCUGGGCCGUUUACGCCCUGGCCACCACCCCAGGAACCCUGGCACAGCGCUUCCAGCACCUGUGCAGCCCAGCCAAAAACACAUCACUGGCCUUCCACCACCUCUCCACCAACAACUCAGCGCUGUCCUACAGCCCUGCACUGCCUCUCGCCGAGAAGCCAAAGGAGCUGAUCACUGACAUCAUCCAGGAUCACACGGCCUAACUGUUGUCACUGACGAUACGGCGUCAGAGACCGCUCAGCCAAUCAGGUGUGGGGAAGGGGAGGGUGCUGGGUUCCAAAUGAAGGGCUGUAUCCUUGUCUUAGUCUUUAUUUACAGUUUUUAUUGAGAGACUAAGUAGCCACCAACAGGAUCCCCCAGUUCCUUCUUCCAAAACCUGAAUUUGGAGGUAUAUCCUCAGCAGCCCCCAGUGUCCCACGCUGUUCAUAAAGAUGGGAAAUAUCAGGUGAUCAUGUCGUAUUUACCUGAUAUUUGCAUCCACGUCUUUAUCUCUAAUUAGACCAAUGAUGAAGGCAGAAAAGUCUCUCAGCUGUCAUGGUGAAAAUUUGAACUAAACAUGUCUAAAUUUUCCUGAACACUCUUAACACUCCUUCAUCUCGAGCAUUUUGUCUGCGUAAAAUGUUUUUUUUUACCAGUUUAAUCAUUAUAUUUAUGGACCACAUGAUAACAAUCCCUUUAGCCAUCCAGUGCAGCUAAAUAACAACACUAAUGUUAUUUAUUAUUUCAUCCAGCAUUAGAGUUAUCAUCCCUUUAGCCUACGACUCUAUUCUGAGUGAGAGAUUGCUGCUUUGAUUCUCUGCUUACUGUUUCUUUCUUGUUGUGUUUGGGUGCAGGUGUCAUCUGACAUGACUCUGUGAGUCAGACAUGUUUUAUAGAGCGAUUUUCCCGGACGUUUCGUACGUGCUUCACCCUCUGUGACCGUAUCAUGGAGUUCAAAUGGUUCAUACUUCGCCUUAACACUCAGAACAAGUGGUGCUAAUGCAACAUGGUCAACUCUUUGUCAUUUACAGAAUGAAAUGUGCAGUAACUGUUUUCAUCGAUUACUGUCUUUUAAAUAAGUGUACUUAUUUUAGCUGUUGUCAUUUGCCUCAGAUGUACAGGUUUCAGGUUCAGUUUCUGGAAAAGUAAAAGGCAUUAUUAGCACAUCUUUGCACUAUACCAAAAAUAACUAUCACUUAUCACACUGGGAAAUAUGCAAUCAUAGUAUCUGAAUCAGCUUAUGCCAAUACUACAAUAUUACAAUACUGCUGCUGCUGUGUAGACAAAACAGUUUUUUAUUCUGUUCACCAAAUGUUUAACUUAAAGUAGGUUUUCAGUAAGAAACUAACUCUGUAUGUUAUAAAAUAGCUGAUGCCUCUCCAGUGCGAUUCUCUUUGGGACAGGACUUUGCUGCGUCUUUGCAUGGUGACAUGCGGGAGAUGUAAAAGUGAAAGAAGGACAUCUGCUCGGUGUAGGGAUGUUUAUAUUGUUCAACAGAAGAUGCAAUAUGUGAAUGUGAAAAAAUUAUUAAGACAUACUCUUGGAGAGAAAAUAAAAGACAAUUAGAAUUUGUCCUUUACUCUUUUCAUAAAAUAUGUUAAAUUCAUAAUGUCACUUACAGUACAGUUACUACAGACUUUUACAAUCUCGGAUUUUCUGAAACCCUUUCAGAUGCUCCCCUGAGAUUAAUUUAAGGAAAAGCAAAGUGCUAAACCCAUCUCGUGUCUUUUGAAAGGCUUUCGUCGAUCCAAGUGUGUUGUCGUCUGUUUACAGGUGUAUACAUGUGCCUCUUUGUUUUUAAAUGGAGUGCUUUACUUUUGUAUGUGUAUCCUUAUUUUCUUUUCUAAAUGAACAUAUAUGCA